CUUCGCGCUGUGCUGGACGGUUGUUCUUGUUGCGCAGUCUCAUUGACGCCUUCAUCCAGCCCUCCACCCAGUUGGUCGUCACGGUCUACCAUCCAUUCAUCCAUUCAUCCAUUCGUCCGUCCACUCCUCCUCGUCCUGACCGUCGUUCAUCGCCUGUCAUUUUGGAUCUUGAGCGCUCGAGGCCAAUCUCCGGCGCCCCAAUUCACCCACCCUUCGGACCCUCCACAUCAGCCUAGCGCCUUCCCUACUAGGAUACUCACCGUCACGAUACCACCCACUCACGCCGUUGCCACGAUCGCACCUACUGGCGACUCUGCUAGUGCGCUUCUGUUGCUGACAGAUCCACCACCUUUCCCUUUUCCUGCCUAUCGCAGUCAUCCUCUUCGCCAUCACCAUCACCAUCACCAUCAUCGUCAUCUUCCUCGUCAUCCUCUGUGUCUCGUUGUGUCCCACGCCACCGUGUGUCCGGGCAUGUGCCUGCUACGAGGCCGUCGUCGUCACCGUCACCCCUCACACGUUCACCCUCGCGCGUGCCACAUGGCAUACAACGGACCAGGAAGCUCCUUCCGACAGUGAUUGACACUUUCCCACCGAGGCGACUUCCCAAACUAUGCCACUCGUGCUUGCGCGCGCUUCUCGCGUCGCAUACGUCACGCGCCUCGUCUCCUCCGCUUCGUCGCGAUCAGCGUCUACCCUUGCCGCCACCGCCGGUACAAGCAGUAGCACCACGCCCACCACGGCAAACGCUACCAACGCCACCACCCCGACCUCGAGCGACGAUACCAAUACCACCAUGAGUAGCGAGCAUACUACACCUCCUGAGCGCCCGCCUUCGCCGCCCAAUCCCUCGGAAGAUACCGGCCUAAUACCCAACAUAUCAUCCCCCGUCGACCAGAGUGCCAUACCCUCGCCGCCAAUAAACGGAGUAUGGGACGCUAAUGACAUUCUGCCGGAGACAGCUAUGAAAAUGCUGUGCCGUUUUGUACAGGCGCUAGCCAAUGCGAACGGGGAGAUUCCUCCCACUCCUCCAAUCAGACGCACGGCGAGCGGGAACAGAUUAGUUGAAUUGAAGACUACGGAAGCAGGAGGGAAGGAGAAUUCGCGCAGACAUCAUCGUCGAACAUCGAGCAGGCCUGCAACCCCCGUUCCGAGCGAUGAUAUCAAGGCGCCGAAUUUCCUCAAGGUAGAUGUUGGCUCCCCAGAGGCAACAGAGAAGGAGCCUGCGACGCCUGUGGUCGGCGCUGAUGCGGUUGAGGCACAUGCCGAGCUGCAAGCCAUUGCCCGGAAAUUCUUCUGCAGAGUGCCGCCACCGGUAACGCUUGAGCAGUAUUUUGCUCGCCUCCAAAGAUAUUGCCCCAUGAGCACUGCCGUCUGGCUGGCUGCAGGAACAUACAUAUUUCGCCUCAGCGUCGAGGAAAGAGUGGUUCCCUGCACUGCACGAACAAUGCACAGAUUGGUACUUGGGUGUUUGCGCGUGGCGAUGAAAGCAUUGGAAGAUCUCCGUUAUCCGCAAGACCGCUUCGCUGGCGUAGGCGGCGUCAAAGAUACGGAGCUACACCUGCUCGAGGUAGCCGUAUGUUAUUUGAUGGACUUCGACCUGCAGGUCAGUAACGAACAGCUGUACCGUAGGAUGCUGGCGUUUCAGCAGGCAGCAUUCCAGGCGAGCCUUAUCAGUAGGCAAAUCCCCGCAAGCGAAAUGAAAUUAAAGAUUCCGAUGAGGGUGAACGCGAGCGCGCAGACUGCAUGAUCGUUAAGCAUGGCUUCACUAUUGUCUGGCCGACACCCCACGAUCAGCGGUUGGUUAAGAACGCUCUUAUUUUGUUUCAUGAAUUUUUGUAUUUUCCAUCUCCUCGGCUACGAAGGUUUAGUGUCCCAUAUACAAGCGGGCGCGCUUUUCAGGAUCGGACCCGGCGGCAACGCUAUGAACGGUGUUUGUUUACCUGUGGAAUAUGAACUCUCGAAGCAUUUUAGCAUGGCGUCUGGCGUUCGAUACCACAUACAUCUCUAGGACUUGGACCGGAGAAAAGUUGCUGGUUGUCACUUAUCGGCACCGGUUUUUGAUGAGGCCCGUCUAGCUUUUUUUUCACGCCUCGCUCACGACAUGGAAUGCAGAAAUUUCGAGAACGGGGGCCUUGUCUAUUGUCUAUCACAAGAAGCUGCUGUCUGAUAUAUAUAUAUAUAUAUAUAUAUAUGUACUGCCCUUCAUCUCCCGAGGCUCUACGUAUAUAGGAGCCCAAUUAAUGAAAGACGGAG